AUUCAAAUGUAAUUUUUUGAUUUGAUGUUUGCAAAUCGCGGCAAAUUUAUAUCAACGAAACAAAUUGCUAUAUUUGUAAGACAAGCUAGCUAUGUACACUUCUUGCUAACGAUUUUGACCUAUUUUAAAGACUAACAACUUAGCCAAUAGGUGUAAAUCAUAGUUCAACAAAUAAAAUUAUUAUGGAUUCCCUAAAAGCUCUAGAAGAGUAUCUUAAGUCUAAAGACAAUGCCGAAAAUUUUUUUAGUUCUUCAGAAAUUCCUCCUAUUUGCAAAUCUGAAGCUUGUAUGCUGGGCGUCGAUGAAGCAGGUCGUGGACCAGUAUUGGGACCAAUGGUGUAUGGUGUGGCUUAUUGCCCUUUAAGCCAAAAGAAAAUACUUGAAUCUUUAGGAUGUGCCGACUCCAAAGCUUUAACAGAAGACAAAAGAGAUGAGAUCUUUACAAAAAUGUUGACUGAACAAGAAUCAAUAGACAAUGUUGGCUGGAAAGCUGAAGUUAUCUCACCUAAAUAUAUCUCAAACUCUAUGUAUAGAAGAGCUAAACAUUCCUUGAAUGAAGUGUCAAUGAACUCUGCAAUUAGUUUGAUACAGAUGGUACUAGAUGGUGGAGUAAAUUUAGCAGAAAUUUAUGUUGAUACUGUUGGUCCUCCUGAAAAAUAUCAAGCAAAACUAUCGGAAAUAUUUCCCAAUAUUAAAAUUACUGUAGCUAAAAAAGCUGACUCCAUAUAUCCGAUAGUGUCAGCUGCCAGUAUCGUUGCGAAAGUGACUCGUGACCACGCACUCAAAGUUUGGAACUUCAAGGAGGGUCUGGACAUGGAUCAUAGUCAAUUUGGUAGUGGAUAUCCUGGAGAUCCAUUAACGAAAAAAUUUAUUCGUGAGCAAAUUGAUCAUGUCUUUGGGUAUCCAUUGUUAGUUAGAUUUAGUUGGUCGACGGCAGAACUGAUGCUUCAAGAGAAAGCAGCAACAUGUACAUUUGAAGAUAUAGAUGAAAGUCCUAAUAAAAAAGCUGCUGGUACGAAAUCUAUAAGCACUUUCUUUUCACCAAAAGACAAAACAUCAAGGAAAAGACACAAAUUCUUUCAAGAGAGAUGUCUCAAAAUGACAAAUGCCUUUGAAUAAACUUAAGACAGAUUUGUAUUUUUAUAAGCAUGUAUAAAUCAAGAAUCAUGUUUUUAUUUUUAUU